UGCGAAUGAUUUUUAGCGAGUAGCGAAUAGUUUGUGAGCGUCACAUCUGUAUGGUUGCAUGUCAACAAUAGAAAAUCUUGAAAUCUUUGUAAUGGACGACGAGUCGGUUAUAAACUGGACUUGGUAUAACCACCAACUGCAGUGGUUAUUGCAUAUGUACAAUAAGCAAAUUAUUAUUAUAUUGUACAGAAAAGAAAAGCUGCUGCAGUUGCAGCUACACUUUUACAUUUGAGAAAAAGUGGAAAAAAAAGAUAUUGUAAAAAGAAAUAUUGGAUAGCACCCAUUUUUCAAGAAAGGAAAGUGCAUGGAUUCUUUCAUGCUGUGCUACCUAAUCUCGUUUUAGAAGAUUUGAGAUUUAAUAAUUACAUACGCAUGUCUGCAACUCAAUUUGAAAAGUUAACAUUCUUAGUUGGAACAGACAUAUUCGCUCCUUGCGAAUAUUCGCUACAAGCUGAAACUUUUCAGCGAACAGCGAUUACUCGCUAGCGAACAGCGAAUGAUCACGUGACCAUCAUUCGCGGCGAUUAUUUCGCUGCAUGAAACGGCACCUUAAACGACGGAUGGCUCUGGGUGGGGAAAGGGGAGAGAUAAAGCUGUCGAAAUCCAUUGAAAGAGGAAUGUUUCUAGUCGAUAAUCAACGACACGAUCAGUUACACGGUUACAUACACACAGAUAAUAAAGUGCAUAUAAUACAUUACCGAUUCGAUCGUUGUCAACGUGCAGCAAUACACGAUUGAAAUAAUGAUUGACAUAACUUAACAUUUAUACGAACUGAGUUCUAAUACAUUUUACUAAUAAUUGCGAAAGUAACAGAAUGGCAGAAACGGUGGAGGACAUGGAUAGCCUGGAUGGCAAACUGUUUGGUACCACAUUUAAAAGGAAUCCACCGGAUGAUGGCAAAAAGAGAAUCACAUUUGCAGAUGAAGAUGAUCCAAUAGCUAAUCUAUUAAUUGAUAAAGAGGAUGUGCCAACAGGCCAAAAGAAUCCAACGGCAAUAAGAGAUAAACGAAGUAUAAUAGAUGACUUGUUUGAUAAAAAGUUUUCCAAUGAAUCCUUAUCGAGUUCAAAGCCUGAUGAGAAAGAAAAUAAUUUGACAUCUGCACUAAGUGCUACAGGAAUCGAUAGGUCAAAAACGUUAGAAGAUAAGACAAAAAAACAGUCUCUGAUGCAAGAUUUGUUUGGGAGUACAUUGCACACGUCUCCGUCAAAAGAGUCAAAUGCCAGUAAAAGGUCCAUGCAGUCAGAAGAAAAAAUAUCGACCAUAACUGAAGUCUCUAAAGCACAAUCGCAACAUUCAACAUAUGCGCCAACAUCUUUUGGAACGAGAGAGCCUCGUAGAGGCAAGAGAACUUCAGAAAUAAUUAAUGAUCCCCUAGGAUUAUUUUCUUCAAGCACGUUUAGUCGAACGGAACAAGUUCCAAAAGCAGCAGAAAGACGUGCAGUAUCUGCAGACACAAAUAGACAGAAAUCAGAAAGCAAAGACUAUUUACCGGAAUGGUUGGAACCUAAAAAGACAGCAGAAGAUAAAAGUAGCGAUUAUACUCAAGAUAGGCCUACUGAAGAAUUAUUUAACCAGCACAGAAGGUCCAGCUCCGAUAAGAUUAUGCAAGAAGUAGCAAACACGCAGCAAGAGAACGAAUCAAGAAUAAUCGAAGCAGUGCCACAUGAGAAGGAAAAAUCGACGAAAUUAUCAGAUGGUCAGAAAAUUGGAACGAGUGAACACGAAAAAGGAAAAACUGAAGAAGAUUAUCCUAAAUACAACACAAUGGUUGUGUCAACUAAUGCUGAUGUGAAUAAAAAUUCGAGGGACGCGCAUGGUAAUUUAAUGUGUAAUGAGGGCGGUUACGUAACUGCCAUACGGAAAUUGGAACUGGAGAAAUCUCAUUUGUCAGUAACGAUACAUAGCUUGAAUGAAAAAUAUGAAAAUGAGAUUAUGAUUCUAGACGAGUCCUAUAAGCGGCAAAUAGGAUUCCUGCAAGAGAGAACAAACACAUUGGAGAAGAGAAUGCAACAGGAGCUCGAAUGUUUAGAGGCAGAUUACGAAACGAAGAUCGAAAAAUUGAAAAAUGAAAAGAUGCAAAUUGAAACGUUUUACAAGGAAGAAAUACAAACCUUGAAGAAGGAGCAUGCGCAAUUUAUAGAGGAAAUUUAUGAGCGCCAUUCCCAAAGUAUAAGACUGCUACAGAAGGAACAUUUUGAUACAAUGGAGAGUAUAUUGAAAAUGAGGGAGGUAGAGAAUUUAGCUAUGACAACCAUAGCGACCCAUAAGACUGACUUACAGACUUUGUUACAAAAAGCUGACUUCAUUAUAGAGAAUAUGAAAAACGUGCAAGAAAAGACUGACCAAAGAGACGACCAAAGUAUAAAGUUAAGAGAAUACUAUUUGAAGACUAACGAAGAAGACGUACAAAUACGAAAUGUAGAAAUGAAGAAGCAGCGGGAACUACUAGAACAGGAACGUGAGAAAAUGAUGAAAGUAGCUGACAAAUUGGACUCGCAUGUUGCACAGUUGGCUCUUGAGUUGGAGAAGAAGAGCGCUAUGCUCAACGAGGCGUUAGAAACGUUAAAGAAAAGAGAGGAGUUCCUGUCACACGAAAGAGAAAUAUUUGAGGAAAAAGUACAAUGGGAGCGUAAUCAUAUACAGGCCUUAAAGGAAUCUUGGUUUAAUGAACAAGAAAAGCAAUUAAAGGCUUUGACAAAAGAAAAAGAGGUAAUCGCAGCUAAAAAGAAACAAUAUGAGGUCCUAAGAACGAUAAAGAUCAAUUCGGACGAUAUUACAAAAAUAGAGUUGGCAGCGGCUAUAAAAGCAGCUCAGGAUGCUACUACAUUUGCGAAUCAGGAACGAUUGAAAUGGCAAGAGAAGAUCAAAGAUCUCGAAAUGCAACAGCAGACUCUGGAAGAAAAGGAAUAUCGGCUUUUGACGCGCGCUCAAGAUCUUGAAAAUUUCACGCAAGUAGCAUUUGCGAAAAAUGAAGAAGCUGUCAAGGUGCUGAAAGAAGCUCGUAAUAUUGAAAACGAGCACAGAGCAAAAGUCGAUGCACAUUUUGGUGCAUUGGCGCGAAGGCAAAACACAACGGCAGAGAAACUAAAUUUAGCAAGUGAGAAGUUGGCUUUAAGAACUGCCCAGAUGGAGAAAUUGGGAAGCAGCCGAAAUGCUCCGUAUGGUUACGCAAACAAACAAGCACUGUCUAGUCAGCAACACGCAUUUCAAGUCACUACCCACUUCUCAGAAGUCGUGGACCCUCGAUUAGUGAUGUUAAAAUUGAGUCUGGACGACCAACUGGAUAAUAUUAAAUACAUGACUGCCAUGAAACUUUGAUAACGUUCGACAGAUAUGUACGAAAUGUAGCUUUUCCACGGAAACCCGUUUAAUAUUUUCUGUACUGUGAAUGGUUGCAAUAAAUAAUAAUCGACGUAC